AUGCAAUCGUCCUACGCACUUGGCUUGGCAGUGCUCACCAUGGCCACAGCACCGAAGAUGCUUGAAGCGCUCAGUGGUACCGUGGAUACCGAAUUCGGCACAGCAUUCACUAUUUAUUUGAUUGGUUUCGUCUGCAACUGGUUGUUCACGUUUGUACUUUGGCACCACUACUGGUACAUCGAGGAGAAGCUGGCACCCAGAAAACCUGCUUCGCUCGACUACGAGUGA